GGCUAUGCCGAAAAGCGACAGAGAACUUCAAGUUCUAAUGUAAAUUCCCAAAUCAAAUAUAAACAAGCAAAAUAUAAGCAAAUCGUUUGAUAGAUAUUAUCUUAUUCUUACAUUAAUUUUAGUCACAUGCCUAAGUACAUUAUAUUAGAUAAAAUUCCCCAUGUAUUUACGACGAAGUUCUAUUCUAAAGUAUCUACUAGCGUCAUGUCUUGGAGGUGUUUUGUAUAGUGAAUGGUUUGUUUACAAGAUACAGCCCCUUUUUUGGAAAAACUUGCAGUGUGAAUCAGGGGAAUCAUGCACCAAAAUAUUAUUUAUCGCAGAUCCACAAAUACAGGGAGAGUUAGCUGUACCACCCCCCCUAAGCUAUCUUUUCAACUGGGAUAGUGAUAGAUAUUUAAAGUCUACAUUUUCAAUUGUUGAAAACUAUUUUCGCCCUGAUGUCCUUGUUUACCUUGGAGAUCUAAUGGAUGAAGGGAGUAUUUCAACAAGGGCCCAGUUCCAUGGAUAUGUUAAAAGAUUAUCAGAAAUCUUUGAUUCACAUUACCCUGUUGCGCAAGUCUGGAUACCAGGAGAUAAUGAUAUUGGAGGUGAAAAUGAGCCAAUAAAACAUGAUAAAAUUGAAGAAUUUAGAACAGUGUAUUCACAACCAAAUGUCAUAGUAUUUCAAAACAUUUCUUUUUAUAAAGUUAGCACAAUUACAUACUCUGUACCACAGCCUCUUGAUGAUGAUUUAAACUUUAAAAUUGCUAUCUCCCACUAUCCAGUAAUUGAAAGAACAGCAUAUGCUAAACAGGUUAUCAAUUCUAUACACCCUGACAUAUUUUUUUGUGCUCAUGAGCAUAAAUCAAAAUUUGUCAAAUUCAAAAGAGAUUAUGUGUCAAAGGAGACACAUUUACUUAGUUACAAUGAUCCAGUUUUGUCUAUAUCCUUUGGUGGCGAUUGGCUUCAUGAAAUCUAUGUACCUACAUGCUCAUAUAGAAUGGGGACAAGCAAGAUUGGAUUUGGUGCUGCUGUAGUUGAAAAGAAUAACCAGCAACUUAGGUACACUGUCUUCUGGUCUUCUGCUAGAUUUCCCUAUUUAUUUUUUUAUUUAUUAAUGCUUCUCAUUCUUAUUGGCUAUACUUUAUUAUGCUGUUUUAUAAGAAUAUUAUCAAAGUUCUCCAAUGCAGUAAAAGCUGAUGAUAAGCAGUUUUUACUAAAGUUACCUUAGUUAUCCAUAAGACUGAUAUGACAUCCUAUUUUUAUUUAUUUCUUAGGUAUUAAUCACAUUCCAAUAACAGGGUAUUCAUUUAAUAUCUCAUGUUUUCAAUCUAGAGUACAGGACCAAUUUGCAUAUAGUUUAUAGUGUAAUGUCUUUAUUGAUGACAAGCUAGCAAGCUUAUUUGACUUUUUUUUUAUCCAGAUGAGUAAUUGUUUGCGUCACAAUUAUCCAGUGAAACUGUGUUCUACUUUACAUCAUCUUUAUACUUAACAUAAGACAUUUCUGAUUAAAUUUUUUAAAUAAAACAUAAGUGAAUAA